UCAGUGUCCUCGGCUCCAACAUGCGUCUCGUCCUGCAGAUAUGGGAUUUAUCCGCUCCGAGUGGGAACUAAGCGCCGGCUCUGCUGCCGCUUCUGUCCGCGCUCUGGUCUCCAUCAGCCGGGGAAACCCUGCAGCGCCUGCCUGAGCGUUUUUAUCAGCACCGCGACGCUUCUUCUUCUUAUUCUUUUUUUCCCCCCCUUUCAUUUAUUUUCCUGUCGCUUCAUUUAUGGACUACACGAGCUCCGAGUGAGACUGUUUGUAAUUUCCGUUGACACAGCCGAGGAUGGAGACGGUGAUGGAGAGAGAGUGCAGCGCGCUGGGGGGGCUUUUCCAGACUGUCAUAGGAGACAUGAAGGGCAGUUACCCCGUCUGGGACGACUUCAUCAGCAAGGCCAGCAAACUACAAUCACAGCUCAGGACGACGGUUGUUGCAGUCGCAGCCUUCCUGGACGCCUUUCAGAAGGUGGCCGACCUGGCGACCAACAGCCGAGGGGGGACAAGGGACAUCGGCUCAGCUCUCACCAGGAUGUGCAUGAGGCACCGCAGCAUCGAGGCCAAACUCCGACAGUUCUCCAUGGUGUUUCUGGACUGUCUGAUCAACCCUCUACAGGAGCAGAUGGAGGAGUGGAAGAGAGUCGCCAACACUCUGGACAAAGACCACGCCAAAGAGUAUAAGAAGGCCCGUCAGGAGAUCAAGAAGAGAUCUUCAGACACUCUGAAGCUGCAGAAGAAAGCAAAGAAAGCUGAUGUAUUUGGCCGCGGGGACCUCCAGCCGCAGCUGGACAGCGCCAUGCAGGACGUCAGUGAUAAGUACCUGCUGCUGGAGGAGACGGAGAAGCAGGCGGUGAGGAAGGCUCUGGUGGAGGAGAGGAGUCGCUUCUGCUGCUUCGUCUCCAUGCUGAGGCCUGUUGUGGAGGAGGAGAUGUCCAUGCUGGGGGAGAUCACGCACCUGCAGACCCUGACAGACGACCUGAAGGCGCUAACUAUGGACCCACACAAGCUGCCCGCCUCCAGCGAGCAGGUGAUCGUAGACCUGAAGGGCUCAGACUGCACCUGGUCCUACCAGACUCCGCCCUCAUCGCCAAGCACCACCGUAUCCAGGAAGUCCAGCAUGUGCAGCAGUCUGAACAGUGUGAACAGCAGCGACUCUCGCUCCAGCGGCUCACACUGCCACUCCCCCACCUCCCAUUUCCGUUACCGCGCCUCCUCCUCCUCCUCCUCGGUGCUCCCCCAGCAGACGCCUGCACGCCUCUCUUCAGUCUCCUCCCACGACUCGGGCUUCAUCUCCCAGGAUGCCUUUCAGUCCAAAUCCCCUUCGCCCAUGCCUCCGGAAACGUCACAGUUGUCGAAUGGUUUUGACCAUCACGCUGCCCUCUGUCUGCACGGAGCGAUACUGCAGGCCCAGGACACCCACCUCCACCCUCCAUACUUCACCUACUCCUCCUCCACCACCUCUCCCAUCUCCUCGCCCUCCUAUUCGUCUGUUUCUCCCACGUGGCCUUGGUCUCGCUCAGGCCAAUCAGGAGAGUUCCCGCCGCUCAGCCCCUCGGGGCUCGGAAUGAUCCCGUCAUCCAGAAUCCCAUCCUGGAAGGACUGGGCCAAACCAGGCCCAUAUGACCAGCCCAUGGUCAACACCAUGAAGAGGAGCAAGGAGAGGAGGGAGACUACAGAUCCCAGCAGCCACCAGAGCGCUGACGUCACUACACCAGGGGAGGAGCCACAAGGGGUUAAAGGAGGUCACUCUGUGACAUCACCCAAGGAGGACAGGGAGGCCCAUGAGGAGCUGGCCAGAGCUCUGGCCCGAGGCCUCCAGCUGGACAUCCACGGCUCCAGCAGGGACUCGCUGCAGGGCUCCAGCGGCUACAGCAGCCAGACCAACACUCCCUGUUGCUCAGAGGACACCAUCCCCUCACAAGUAUCCGACUGUGACUACUACACUGUGGGAGCGGAUCAGGAAGGCGAGCCACAGCAGUCGUCAGACUUCGAUAAAUCCUCCACCAUCCCCAGAAACAGUGACAUCAGUCAGUCCUACCGCCGCAUGUUUCAGUCCAAACGCCCUGCUUCCACCGCUGGCCUGCCCUCAAACCCCUCUGCUGUAAUCACCCCUGGAGUUGCCACCAUCCGACGGACGCCGUCCUCCAAACCUAAUCUGCGGCGGCCCUCCGGAGGCCUCAACCUAGGCCCCAUCCCCAUCAAGCCCCCCAUGAUACCAGUCAAGACCCCCACCGUGCCUGAGCAUCCUGGUUUCCUCAGCAGAGCAGUGUCAGAGGAUGGAAACAGACCACACACCCCGCUAAGUCCCCCGACCACGCCUCUGUCACCAGGCAGCAGCGGCCCACUGUCACCAAAGACCAGCCCCUGUGACACCCACCACCUGUGCGAGGGGUCAGAUCCUCCAACCCCACCACCGCAGCCCGGUGGGCGGGUGUCAGAAUGGGAGCGUCGGCCUCUCCCAGAGCUCCUGGAGGAGACAGAAUAUGGCGAGGUGGAGGACUUUCUGGUGGCUAUCCGACGAGGCGUCAAGCUCAAGAAGACGACGACCAAUGACAGAUCGGCGCCAAGUAUUCACUGAGAGGCGAAAGGUUGGUUUGACUUGAGCCAUUUUGCAUCCCUGGCUGAAUUUCAGUAUGCGUACUGUUGAAGGGGCACAAAAUGGUUACUGCUCAGUAAAUGCAAAUGAGAAAUAUGACAUCAAAUGAAUGCCAAGAAAAACAGGAAGUUGCCCAGAGACUCUGAUCAGGAAUCGGUUUGGAAAUGUCCCCAAAAAACAGGUGGGGGUAGAAAAACUGCCCCCUCACUGUUUGGCCAAAGAGAAAUUAUUAAUAAUUAAAGGCUGGAUAUUUCAUUUUGGAACAAACGAAGCUGCCUGUAGGACGUGAUGUAGCUCACAGUUUGAAAAUGUCUCCUCUGAGCUGGUAUAAAGUAAAGGGAGACCAUCAAAAGUCCCAACUGGAAAGUCAGUUUGCUGAGGCCAAGAACGUCUCCACAUGGCCACAUUUUGUUUCUUGGGAAACCAACUGAAGCACUUCUCCCUUUAAAAAGAAAACCUGCAGCCUCUUGCAAGUUAGAAACUGCCAAAUUGCACUUGACUAAUUCCAGUUAAGUUCCCUGCUGAGUUCACAGCUGGAAACACUGACGCUGAUCCGAGAUCAUUUCCUCAGGGCAACUUCAGUAUAUGAGAGAAAAGGUGUGAAAGGUCAUCGAACACGAGCGAGAUGUACACACGGUCGUUCUUGUAGCAGAACUGAAAGAAAUGAGCCUAAACGUUAAUGUGUGUGGUGAUGGGAGGAAGUGAGGACAGAUGAAGUAGAGAAAAAUUCUCAAAGAGCCGGAAGGAGUGAUGGAGUAUUUUCAAAAGAUCAAAUCAUUAUUUGUACAUAUUUAUAUUUUGAUGUGUUUGUAUGUUUUGUUUGUCAUACGGUCCCUUUACAUCCCCAUAGUCUCCCAUUUUCCACUAAAGGUGCCAAAAGCCUGUGUGCUGAACAUAAAUAUUCUCUAUGUAAGUGAAAUGACGCUGGAUUUGUUUCUGUAAAAACACAGAUACAGUGUUGGAUAGAAAAGAAAAGUCGUGCUUCUACGGAACUGAAAGAGUAUUUGUAUAUGUAGGGUAGAAUAAAGAAGAGUGGCAUGCAACCAUUACUCCCACAUACAGUGGCCUGACCUGCAUGUUCCUAAAGUCUGACCCAGUAUAAACAAUUAUUGUGGCUCUUUGAAUUAGAUUCAGUUAAACGGAUAAUAUCCCAGCAGUGGCUGUUAGCAGUGACCACAGUGGAUAAGUCUGCUGUUAGCUGUUCAAACCAACGUCCUGUCUUUGAUUCUUUACGCUGAAAGUCAAAGACACUGUAGGGACUGUUUGGUAGUGGGUCAGUAUUUAUCAGGCUUUAAUUCAUAAUCAUAAUUAUUAUUACAGCAACUAUUGUCUGUGAAGCACUUUUAAAGUUUUAAAAAAUGACAAAACUCAGCCAAUAAUCGCUUUUCCAACUGCUGUUCAGUACAGUUACACUCAGCCAUCAUCAGUGUGUUUGUUCACGCUUCUUCUUCUCACACGUCGCGAACCUUCCAGCUAUGUAGCAGCUGUACACCGUGUGUUAGCAGACACUUACAGUCCAUGUUGGUAAUAGAAGUUGUUACUACUCAGCUGUAGUAAUUGGCGUGAUGUGGAUUAGUGUGUGGGCCUGUUGUAGUGAAGGCUGUGCUCUGAUGAGGCUGAUACAGUAGAUCUCAGACCCAGAACACAAGCAGCAGGUUCCGCUGUGGACUAAGACUCAUGUGUAACUGCAGCUAACAUAUAAACCUGUAAUAGCUUGUGAUUAUUAAAUGUCAAAUAGCCCCGAUGAGUUAAAAGUCUAACUUGUGUUAGCGGGUGAUUAGCAUAAGAAGCUGAACUAUACAAAAUCCCCCCGCUGCUACUUAGAUACUGUUAACAGAGUCACCGCAAGUCAAAUUAUUUAUUUAUUCAUUUAAAGAUUAUUUUAUUUUCAGUUUUCCACGUUCUUAAAUCUCCAAACUGUACUGUUGAGCAUAUAAAACCUAUUAACAAAUGUAUUUAAUAUGCAUGUUGUCUUUUUUUUAAGUUAAAGAUUUAAUAGACAGCGUUUUUCUACUGGAACUAUUGUUUUUUUUCCUGUUGUUCUGCCUCUUAAUGCAUCUUAGACACCGCCCAUCGUCUGGUCCGCUUCCCUCCCGGGAUCAUCGGUGUUUCAUGUUUGAUGUGACAGCGGUUCGAUACCCAGUGUGCCGACUGAAACCCGUCUGUCCCACAUCUGUUUGCGCUCCGUUCAUGUUCCGGCGCAGGUUAACGAAUGCCGUCGUGUAGCUGAUGCGAUAAAAAGCGUGUGAAGCUGAAUGUUGGCGCCUGUGAGGACUCUGUGAUCUGAAUGUCGCUGACACACACUGAGCGUUAGAGAUGUGCUUAUUAGGAUUUGUGUUAGCAGAGGAUCCUCGAAAUCAUUUACCCCAUCAGUUAGAAUAUUUUUUUACAGUACAUCUCGACCACAAACCGCUGGUCCAGUCGUCAGUGUGUUCCUAAUAUUUAGCCUUUAAUUUGAGAAGAGUUGCCAGGUUUCUUACAGUAUUUGCUAAAUGAUGCUCUGGGUAUGAUUUUUUUUUUUUUUUUUUUUUUGUGUGUGUGUGUGUAUGAUGUUCUUACUUCAGGUGCUCUCUUCUUCUUUAAUGGUUUCCCUCGAACAUUUCCUAGAUAAAUUUAACCAGUUUGGGUGAAACUGACACUUGAUGCAUCCACUUCUUCUCAUUUUAAAACUUUUACAGCAGAUUUUAAAACUAAAACAGCAGCUGCUAACAUCAGUGACGGAACCGAAAAUCUUGCUGAUGUGCUGUAAAAAUACGAGCCCAUUAAUCGGAGCCUUGUUCCUGAUUUCUGGGAUCAUUUUUAGCUAAAACGUUUGUUUUACGUCAUUUUAAUCGUAACAGCACGUGGAUGUAAAAGUUUUUUAGUUGUCAACUCAGACAAAAUGAAAUUUUCCCGCCACACAUCAUAACCAUCACAGGUAAGAGGAAGGCAGGUGUUUCAACGGAUUUCAGCCAUAUUUGUUUUUACAUUUCUAAUAUUUGUUGCCAACAAAAUACCAGAAAGCUGCUUAAUCCAUUAACAGGUUUUCUAACAUUUUUAAACAGUUAAGAGGGAAACUUUAAGGUAAUUUCAUUCCCCAGCAGGUAUCAGAUUUAUCUGUUGCUGUGACACAGUCCUGUCUGUGGUGAUGGAAGUAACGCCAACCUGUUCGUUUUUGUUUUGAAUUCCUGGGCCGACCUGUUGCUUUACCUCUGGCUCUUGUACGUUAUGUUUUCAUGUUUAAUGUUCAGUUCCUGAAUACUAACUGUCGCCUAUUUUCUAUGUAUAACAGC